GAUAUCGAUUUGUUCAAUCAGCGUUUUAAUUCUCUGUGAUACAGAAGAAAAAUUAAUUUUCGCAAGGGAAUUAAGAGUAUUUUACAAUAUUUUAGCUGAUUAUAACAUCGUAAUUUAGAAGAAAAUGUUCGAUAGACGUAACGGUGAUCGCGCAGGAGCUGGAAUUGGUGGAAUGGGCGGUAUGGGUGGCAACGCUGGGGGCGGUGGCUAUCGGGAUCAGCAACGUGGCGGUCCGAUGCGCGGCAAUGGCCUUGCACGCCCUCGUCCUGCACCAUACGGGCGUGGAGGGAUCGGUGGCAACGGCGCUCCGUUUCGAGGUGGACCACCUCGUGGCGGCAACAAUGAUCGUCGAAUGGAUGGCAGCAACAACACUGGUACACCCGGGGAACGUUUGCCUAUUAUAAUUUGGUCUGAAAUAAAAUUAACACCGUUCCAAAAAAAUUUCUAUCAACCAAGCUCCACCGUUGUUGAGCGCUCAAAAACCGAUGUAGAUGGAUUUCUCUCAUCUAAUGAGGUUACAUUGAAAGGCGAUAGUAUUCCAUCACCUAAUAUUGAAUUUAGUGAACCUGGUUUCCCAGAACAUGUUUUAGCAGAGAUUAAGAAGAUGGGAUUUUCCAAGCCAACUGCUAUACAAGCGCAGGGUUGGCCGAUCGCUCUAAGUGGACGGGACAUGGUUGGUGUGGCACAGACCGGCUCGGGUAAGACGCUCGCUUAUGUGCUACCCGCUGUAGUACACAUCAGUCAUCAGGCUCGCUUAGAACGUGGUGAUGGGCCAAUUGCUUUGAUUUUGGCACCGACACGUGAACUGGCUCAACAAAUACAACAAGUUGCAAACGAUUUCGGUUCAAAGACUCAUGUGCGCAACACUUGCAUAUUCGGUGGAGCACCGAAACAACCACAGGCACGUGAUUUGGAACGAGGUGUUGAAAUUGUGAUUGCCACGCCUGGACGUCUACUCGAUUUUCUAGAGAGGGGUGUGACUAAUUUGCGCCGUUGUACCUAUUUAGUAUUGGAUGAGGCUGAUCGCAUGCUUGAUAUGGGUUUCGAGCCACAAAUACGGCGCAUAAUAAAACAGAUUCGCCCAGACCGUCAAGUGCUGAUGUGGUCCGCCACUUGGCCAAAGGAAGUGCGCAAUCUUGCUGAGGAAUUUCUUGAUAAUUAUAUACAAAUUAACAUUGGAUCUCUAACGCUUUCAGCCAAUCAUAAUAUACUUCAAAUAGUAGAUGUGUGCGAAGAGAAUGAAAAAGAUAAUAAGCUUAUAAAGCUUUUGUCAGAAAUUUCUGCCGAAUCUGAAACUAAGACGAUCAUCUUCGUAGAAACAAAGAAGCGUGUUGAUGAAAUAACUCGUAUUAUUGGCCGUAGUGGGUGGCGGGUAUGUGCCAUUCAUGGCGACAAGUCGCAGCAAGAGCGAGAUUUUGUAUUGUCCUCAUUCCGUAAUGGACGACACUCGAUUUUGGUGGCGACCGAUGUUGCGGCGAGGGGUCUAGAUGUUGACGAUGUUAAAUUCGUAAUUAAUUACGAUUAUCCUUCGAAUUCGGAGGACUACGUUCAUCGCAUUGGGCGUACAGGACGCUCGAACAAUACGGGAACGGCAUACACCUUAUUCACCACAUCAAAUGCCAACAAAGCUAAUGACUUGAUACAAGUUCUGCGCGAAGCAAAUCAGGUCAUCAAUCCGCGACUUGUUGAAAUGGCAUCAUCUUCGGGCUACAAUCAUAAGCGAAACUCCCGUGGUGGCUAUCAAAAUCGUGGUGGCGGCAUGGGUUAUGGCAAUCGCGGUAAUCGUGGUUAUGGUAACAAUAUUGGUGGAGCCAUUGGCGCUCAGUCAUAUCAACAGCGUCCACAACAAACUGCAAAUGUGGGAGGUCAAAUGUAUCAACGUCCGAGCGGACCUCCGUCUCGGUUUUCAGCUGCUCCUCCUCCAACUGGCUACGAACGCAACCAGCACUCCGUUGGUAGCAAACCCUACGCCGAGGGUGGUGACAAACGCCCGCGUUUCAAUCCACAACAACAGCCGCCACAGCAGCCUUCAGCUUAUCAACAACAACCCCCACGCAUGUCAUAUGGCGGAACUAAUGCACAUCAUCAACCGCCACCAAAUCACCGCGCGGCACCUCAGGCGGGAGCAAGUUCCGCUUCCGCGAUGUAUACUCAUGCACCUCCUUCGCAUCAUCAUUCAGCAGGCGCCCAUUAUGCCGUUCCCUCCGGAUUUGGUGCGGCAUCCGGUAACAUGUUUGCCUAUCCUCCGCCUCCAUUGCCCGUACAAAACUAAAAAAAAAUUACAUCUGAGUACUAUAAAAUUAAUCCUAUCAUCAUUAGUAGUUUACAACAUAAUGAAAUAAGUUGUAUAUGUGUUGAAGUAAUUUACGCCAUGUAGUAAUACUACAAGUAUUAUGUAGCCUGGGGAAGCUUUAGAGGGAUUGGAGCUACAAUUCUGCAUCUGACUAAACAAAUUCAUUCAAGCGUAUCAGGCGUUAUUAAUUGUUUGCAUUGUUUUUUGGUUUGCCACAUAUUUUUAGGCAUUGAUUUUUGGUAUAUUAACCUUUUGUUUGAUUAUAUUGGGGAGACGGAUCCAAGUCUAGGUGCAAUCAAAGCACUUAGUACUUCGAGUCAAAGAGGGCGUUUCAAAAUAUUCAAAUAUCAUAUUUUUUUUUAGCAAGAAAUUAAUUAUUUUUAUUAUUUCCCGCCGGAUAGGGAUUUUUAGUUCCCAAUUCAGAAUUGGUACUCGACAUAUUCAAGAAAUGUUAAUCUUCAGUUUAGAGCACAGUUAUUUCAUGAACGUACAGCUAUAUUCACUACAUCAUUAAUUUUCAUGUUCAUAAAACUUUAAAAAUAAAUGUUAGUAACUACAAUAUAUGUAUUACUUAAAGUGAAUUGUAUUCCUUGGAUUUUAAAUUGACAUAUACAUGAUUACAUGCCAUAAAAUUUAAAUAAACGUGCUUGAAUAAAGGAAAAUAAAUAUACGUAAAAUAUGGUAUAUUUCAAAAUCCUAAACAAAUAUCUUUGACAAUUCCAAAAAUAUUCGAAAUGAAAGGGGAAAGAUAAGGAAGAUAAGGUUUCAAAUUGUAUUGUUAAUGUCAAACAAAUGAAAAAAUUAAAAUUGUCGAAAGCGAAAUUAAAAAAACUUUAGUACUUCUAGAACGUUCUUGAAUAGCGACAGAUACUUUCUUUCAAAUCUACAUAUGGGUGUAUAGCAUGGGUGUAUAUGAGUUUCAAUAAUUUUUAUGAGUUAAAAAUAAUAUUCAAAUGCUAAGUGGUGACUACCAAGCUGGUGGUUUUUAGCAGGGGUUUUCGCCAAAGUCAAGAAAAAUGUUGAAUUCAAUGUUAGUAAACAGAAAAACAUCAAUUUGAAUGUUGGUCAACGGAUUUAAAAAGAUGCGAGUAAAUUUGUGCAAAUAAUACCUUUCAAAUCUUUAAAAAUAUAUAAAAAAAAUUGCAUAUCUUUGAAAUAAAAGGUUGAAUGUAUUUAA